AUGUCAUAUCGAUAUAUAUUAGAAUCUAAUAUUAUAAAUGAUCAUUUAAGAAAGUUUUAUUUCAAAAAUAGUAAUACUAUCAAUAAGAAACUUGAUCAAAUAUUUAUAUCACAAAAAUCUUCUCGACCAACAUGCAUCAAUAUUAAUAUAAGUAAUAAUGGGUGCAAGUUGAAGAGUAGUUGCUCAACAACAACAACAUCAUUGAUUGCUUUCAACAACUAUCAAAAAAAUAGUACUAGUUUUAAUAAUAGAUUCAAUUCAUUUAGCUCUAUAAAUCACAAUAGUAUUUCAUUAGAUAUCAAUGAGUUAAAGAGAUCAAUUGAAUAUAUUAAUAAUGGUGGUCAAAUACACAAUAGCAAUUCAAUAACCUCUGAAAUUCAAAUAGAUUCCAACAAGCUGAAUGAAAUACAUAGUACUAUUCUAUCGUUGGAUCAUAAUAACAAUCAACAACAAUUUACAAAUGAAUUACACUAUUAUAUUGCUAAAUUCUUAAUGACUUGGAAUUUACCUAGAUUCUAUAAUGAUAGAAUGCCAAACAAUGAUAGAUUAAAUAAUCCAAAUGAAUCAGAGAUGUUAAUGGCAAUGAAUUGGUUGGAUGUCAAUGUAAAGGAUAACGAUCAAUUGAAUGAGAAGUUUAUUAAUACAAGAUUGUCAUUGGCGAUGGAGUAUCCGAGAAUUGUAGAGCGUGUUCGUCAGUUGGUGUUGGACACUGUCGAUCGAGUGGAAACUAACCGUUUGGAUCCAGAUAGCUCGUUCUUCCGAUUGAUUCUCUCGUUCCAGGCAUGUCCAUAUCUCUGUCUGUGGCAAGAGAUGCGAACUCUUGGCGAUAUGAUUGUAAACAACUAUGCUUCUGCGAUGGCUAUGAUGCACCAGGAAGCACAGCAAGACAACACCAAGCUCGACUACCACUGUAUCUAUCUUAUGUUGGACAGCUCACUCUCCUAUUUAGAAACAUCAAAACAACAACAACAGCAACAACCAGCACUAUCAAGUCAUGAUGAUGACUAUUGGACAAGACACAACUAUGCAAUUAAACAAUUUGUUUAUACAAAAUCCAAGAUGGAAUGUCGAAAUCUACCGGCGGAGAUAGAGGAGUUGGCCAUUGCGAAAUUCGCAAAGGACAAUGAGAAUGCACCGCCCAACCGAAUCGCGGUGCCGGAGGAAAGCGAGAUGUCUGUAUUGGCAAACACCAUGCGAUGGUCAUUGAAAUUCGAAGAUCUUCCAACCAUGCUCUACACCGGUAUCAUCGACCACCAAAAUGGCACAGUCAAUCUAUUCGGCUACCUGCUGUACAAAGCCAAUGAAUCCACGGAGCUAGAGCUAUCGUCAGAGUUUGCUGGUCGCAUUGCAUUCGAACAGAAUCACAUCGUUCUCAACGGCCAGCUAGUUCGUACCGUUAGAAACACAGAGUCACCAAACCAAACUUAUAUCUAUACAAUGGAUACAAAGUUAAUAUUUAUAAAAGAAUUUUAA